GGGUGGAGAGUUUAGGGGGUCUUCAUCAGCAGGCACCAUGGUGGGCAGAGCCAAAAUCAUCAGGGAUGAUACCUCAUCCAAUGAGGAUGCUGCAGAGAGGCCAAAUUUGCAUUUCUUCCAGCACAGUGCCUUCAAGGUGGCUCUUCUGCCUCAGUACCCCAGGAAGCCGAGCUUCACUGCAGGAAUUAACCUGUUAACCCAGGACUUGGAUGACUUGACCAACAAAGACGUAAGCAGCCAUGAGAUACUGAAAGCCCAACUCUGCCUCCUGCCACUCAGCUCCAAGAUGACAGAUGCUCAUUCACACCUACGGACCCCAGCAAUUAGUACUUGCACUUUAGCAGAUCCUGUAUCCAGAAGUCACACCUUCCACUCUAUAAGCAAGGAGAGGAUCAGCCACGAAUCGGCAAGACAACGACGAAAAACUGUUGCGUCAUACAUCUCUCAGCCCAAAGACCAGAAUGGGAAUGACCCAAGAGAGGACACCGGAAGGCGCUGUGCCAAGGCACUGGGAGAGCUUGACACGGACAAGGUGUGCCAGUGGUUCGCCAACCUCGGCCUGCACCAUUGUCAGCCCUUCAUUAGAGGAGCGAAUCUGCAAGGGUCCGACAUCACCGGUAUUGACCAGGAUCUUCUCGACCUUAUUCAAGUGUCGACUCUGGAAGACCGAGAGCGGCUGCUCUCGGCUGUCUACCACGAGCUCCACCCCUCGGAUGCCAUCACGCAGACUGUGGACUCGCUGUUGGAUCUCUAUGGCCCCCACAAUGUGGAGAAGUUCACGGCAGCUUUGGUCUCCAUGAGAGAAAUGUUUUCCCCUCAUGGAAGCCACCUCAGUGACAGUCAUCCAUUUACUUUCAGAGACAAGGGACAAAAUUUAAACAGGCAGAGGGAUUCUCAUCUGGUGGAGCUGAUAAUAAAUGCUCCAGGCCAAAUAGUCCACCUGAGGACAUACAGAGAGACGACAGUCGGCAAGGUCAUGGGCUCCUGCUUGGACAUCCUGGGCGUGACCAAGGACCGGGAGCUGUUUGGCCUGAGGAAUGUGGAAGACCUUUCAGAUGCUUUCUUGCUGGACCAAAAGAUUGGAGAAUUGACUGGAUCAGAGAAAAGAAUGCCGGAGUUACAGCUUUAUAAGAAGGAUAAGCCUGGGGAGGCUGAGACUCCACAGCUGACCCAGCAAGCUUUGUUGUCCAGUUCCCAAGGUGAUGAAGACAGGAUCCGUGAGCUGACCCAACAGGUGGAAUUGCUACGGGAUAUUGUUCAACAGGUCGCGGAGCUUCACCGAAGCCUAGUCUCUUUCCACUCCGAGCUGAAGAACAUGGAAAACGUAUCUCCAGCACAGGACCAGGGCCUGGCUGAGCUGGAGAAGCAGAUGGGACACGCUAAAAGCAGAUGUCAGGAGACCCAACUGAGUAUCCAAGUCUUACAAGACCAGCUCUGUCACACUGAGGCCAGCAAAAACAGGGGUUUACCUCAGAGGUGGUCAUUGUGAUGUAUUUUCCAGGUGAUGUGUGUCAAUGACCAUUUUACUUGUCUUCUCAUUUAUACAUCUGUACCACAUACUGGAUAAACAUUAUUUAAAUGGCUCAGUUUAAGGGUGAUAGUUAAUAAAUCCUAUUCUAAAACCACUACA